AUGAGUAUUGCGAUUAGAUCCGGUUUUUGGAUAUUCACGUUUGGAGCCAUCGGUUAUGGACUUUUCUAUGUGGUCAAACCUGAUGAUGAUCUGCUUAAGAAGUUUGACGAGGGCUCCAAGCACACUGAUACUAGAAAAUUCUCCCGUGACACAGUAGCAGUACUUAAAGAAGCAGCUAAACAAGAUUCCGAUUUAAAGCGGUUGAGUAGGAGAGAUGCACAACGAUUAGAAAAACUACAAAAAGCACAUAAGGCAAGGGAGGAAGUUGACGCUUCGAAUGAAAAUGAAGACUUCUUUUCUGGAGCAUUUAAAAUCAGAUCCGAAUAUAUAGAACAGUUGCUAUCUCAAGUACCAACUUUGGAAACUUCAGUAUUAACUGCACACUUUGACAACAUCAAAAGAGAAGUCAAUGAAUUACAAAAAUAUGUUGUCACAUCAUCAUUCUUCCUCAAAGAGUUCAAUAUGCGCAAAUACUUGGGCAUUGUACAGAAUUUACAGUCAAAAUGUUACGAAUUAGAAGAUCAAUAUGUCCCUCGGAAAAAAUUUGGCUUCACAAGAAAAAAAAUUCCUAAAUCAGACAAUCAGAAGCAUAAUUUGGAUGAGCAGGAUGGUGUUGACAAGAUUGACAGCAACAAAUGGGAUGAUAAGUUAUUCGGUUUCGAUUCUAAAGAAGGAAAGAUACUGCUGCUGGAUAAUGAUGUGUUAUUUCAAAGAGAUGUGACGAUGAGAAAUUUAAAAAACUGUACAAUCGGUCUGAAAGGUGUCAUGGGUACGUUGCACUUGACAAAUUUGGACAAUUGCAUUGUUCUCUCAGGACCCGUUACUUCUUCUGUGUUUAUAGAGAAGUGUACAAAUUGUAAAAUAGUGACAGCAUGUCAACAGUUACGUAUGCAUACUUCUACCAAGUGUGAUAUUUAUCUUCAUGUAACAAGCAAAGGUAUUGUCGAAGAUUGUAUGGAAAUCAGAACAGCCCCAUAUAAUUUACAAUACGAAGAUUUAGAGAAGCACUUCAAUAUGUCAUCGUUAGAUAAAAAUAGUAAUAAUUGGGACAAUUUGGAUGACUUUAACUGGCUUGCACCCGAUGUACCAUCACCAAAUUGGUCGGUUCUGGAUGUGAAGAGUCGUGUAAAUGAUUGGAAUGACUGGUGGUCCAAAAUUCCAUCAUAAUGUGUACAAAACAAACUAACUUCAAUAAAAUAAUUUACUCAAAUUUGUAAGUGGUUAUAGUGCAUUAAUUAAAGAUAUAACUCCUACUAACUGGUGCUUGAAAGUUUUCAUUUCUUUUGCUCUUUACGAACAUAAAUUAACCUCAAACUUUAGAAUUGUUCACCUAAAUAUAUCUGAAAAAAGACAAGUU